AUGACGCAACUCUUGUCACACAAAACUAAGUUGGUUUUACACACAUCAGCACAUCAAAAAGAUUAUCAUAUUUGUAUUUCACAUUUAGUAGCGAUGUUAUUUCGUGGGCGUAGUUCUGUUUUGAACCUUGCAGCGCUGAAAAGAACCAUUACACCUAACCAAAAAAUUCUUUUUCGAAAUUUCAUAACUUUAAAUGCUUACAAAAGAUAUCCAUUGUCAUUUGUGCCGAAUUCAAAAAUUACAUUUUCACAUUAUGCGGACAAAAGAUUUUAUGCUGGUGGACCGGGCAAUAUACGGAUUAAUCCUGGGCAAGGCGCACCGUCGAAAGGUCAUUCACUCGAAGAAUUCGGCUACGACCUGACUAAACUUGCAGCGGAAGGAAAGCUUGAUCCUGUGAUUGGACGUGAGGAAGAAAUCAGGCGCACUAUACAAGCUGGUGUUGGAAAAACGGCAAUUGCUGAGGGACUGGCUCAAAGAAUUGUCAAGGGCGAAGUCCCAGAAAGUAUUAAAGAUAAAAAGGUGAUAGCUUUGGAUCUAGGAUCACUUAUCGCAGGUUCAAAGUAUAGAGGGGAAUUUGAAGAACGACUCAAAGCAGUAUUACGUGAAGUUCAGGAAGCCGAAGGAAAAUUUAUUUUAUUUAUUGAUGAAUUGCAUACCUUGCUUGGAUUAGGAAGGUCUGAAGGAUCAAUAGAUGCUGGAAAUUUACUCAAACCGGCUUUGGCUAAAGGUAUAUUAAGAUGUUGUGGUGCUACGACGAUCGAUGAAUAUCGUAAAUAUAUCGAAAAGGAUCCUGCGUUGGCCAGGAGAUUUCAAUCUGUGAUGAUCGUAGAACCAAAUGUCGAAGAAACAAUAACAAUUUUACGAGGUCUUAAAGAAAAAUAUGAAAUACACCAUGGUGUUCGGAUUUCAGAUUCCGCUCUUGUUGCUGCUGCCACAUACUCUCAUCGAUAUAUUACGGAUAGAUUUCUUCCAGAUAAAGCAAUAGAUCUUGUUGACGAAGCAUGCUCAAAGCUUCGUUUACAGCAAGAAAGCAAGCCUGAAGCAAUUGACAAUCUUGAUAGACAAAUAAUAAUUCUUCGAAUUGAAUUGGAAUCAUUGAGGAAAGAAACAGAUUUGGCUUCUCAGGAACGUCGAAAGAAAUUACAGAUAGAAUUAGAUGAGAAACAAAAAGAAUUAGAUAGUCUCAACAUGAUUUGGCAGGAAGAGCGUGCUAAACUAAAAGAAAUUAAGAAUAUUAAAUCUCAAUUAGAGCAAGCUAAAAUUGAGUUAGAAUCAGUUCAGAGACAAGGUAACUUCACUCGAGCAAGCGAACUUCGCUAUGGAGUUAUUCCAGAAUUAGAAAAACAGCUUCCUCAUGAUGGUGAAGAAGAAGGUUCAGAAUCACUUCUUCGUGAAAGAGUUAUUGCGGAUGACAUUGGAAUCAUUGUAUCUCGGAUAACUGGAAUUCCAAUUCACAACUUGCUUCGAAGCGAAAGGGAUAAAUUAUUACAUAUGGAAGAAAAUCUUUCACAACGUGUUGUAGGGCAAGAUGAAGCUAUUCGAGCUGUGUCAGAAGCGGUCAGGCUGAGUCGUGCUGGAUUACAAAGUCCUUCACGACCAAUUGCUUCAUUUUUGUUCCUCGGCCCCACAGGGGUAGGAAAGACUGAGCUUUGUAAAGCUAUCGCAGAGUUUUUGUUUGAUACAGAAUCGUCCAUCAUUCGUGUUGAUAUGAGUGAAUAUAUGGAAAAGUUUGCGGUAUCACGUUUGGUCGGUGCACCCCCUGGCUAUAUUGGAUAUGAAGAAGGAGGUGAACUCACAGAGGCAGUUCGACGUAAGCCGUUUUCAGUUGUUCUCUUGGAUGAAAUGGAAAAGGCUCAUAGAGACGUAUCCAACUUAUUAUUACAGAUCUUGGAUGAUGGACAUGUUACCGACUCGCAAGGUCGAAAGAUUGAUUUCCGUAAUACAAUCAUUAUCAUGACAAGUAAUCUUGGUGCUGAUAUUUUAGUCGCGUCAGAUAUUGUAGAAGAGGGUAAAGUAAGCGAUUUGACAAAAGCUGCAGUACUUGAUGUCGUAAGAAGACAUUUUUUACCAGAAUUCAUAAAUCGUAUUGACGAAAUGGUAAGAGAUCAAUUAUAUUGA